GUUGUCGGUGGCGGUAAGAUGGCGACACUCGGAGAUACAUCAGGUCCGGGGCUGAAUGGGUUAAUACAACAGUUCACAGCCAUAACGGGGGCCACUGAGAGUGUUGGGAAACACAUGUUGGAGGCAUGUAACAAUAACUUGGAAAUGGCAGUGACCAUGUUUCUAGAUGGUGGGGGGAUUGCAGAGGAGCCAAGCACUAGUUCUAGUUCAGCUGGAGCAUCCAGCAGCCGAGGCCCCCCUGUGGAGGAUGACGUUCGGGCACCUAUUCCUCAGAAACAAGAUAUUUUAGUGGAGCCAGAGCCCCUGUUUGGAGUACCAAAGCGACGCAGGCCGGCCCGAUCUAUAUUUGACGGCUUUCGAGACUUCCAAACCGAAACGAUCCGACAAGAGCAGGAGCUGAGGAAUGGCAGUGCAAUGGACAAAAAAUUGAGCACUCUAGCCGAUCUGUUUCGUCCACCUAUCGAACUGAUGCACAAAGGCAGCUUUGAGACGGCGAAGGACUGCGGGCAGCUGGAGAACAAGUGGUUGAUGAUCAACAUUCAGAACGUACAGGACUUUGCCUGUCAGUGUCUAAACAGAGACGUCUGGAGCAACGACGCUGUUAGAACCAUCAUCAGAGAACACUUCAUCUUCUGGCAGGUGUACCAUGACAGUGAAGAGGGGCAGAGAUACAUUCAGUUUUACAAGCUCAACAAAUUCCCAUAUAUUUCCAUUCUGGAUCCCCGCACUGGUCAAAAAAUGGUAGAGUGGAACCAGUUGGAUGUGUCCUCGUUCUUGGACCAGGUGACGGGGUUUCUGACGGAGCAUGGACAGCUGGAUGGACAGACCACUCAGCCUCCUGCCAAGAGAGCUCGCUCUGAAAGUUUGAUCGAUGCUAGUGAGGACAGUCAGCUGGAGGCAGCCAUACGGGCUUCACUACAGGAGACGCAUUAUGAGUCAGUCCAGGACAGGCCAGACUCACGAUCGGAGGAUGACUCCGAGGCAGAGCCCUUCUCAGACAGCGAAGGCCUCGUCUCGGUGGAUGGCUCGGACAACGAGGAAGAGGGAGGGCCCGACUUGUUGGAUGGACAUACCACCUCAGAUCAAGCCCCUCCCACAGCCCAAACACUUUCUCAACCAGACAGCCCCGCCCACCACAGAAAACCCCAACACAAAGAGUCCACCCACAGAAAAGAGGAGAGCAAGAAGAACCAUCUGGAACCUCCUGGCCCCAGCUGGACACACCCAGAGCCAGAACGGCAACAGCAGGGAGAGAACCACCGUUCCACACUGCAUCAGUCAUCACAAGCAGCACACACCAGUACCCUGGAGCCUGAUGACAACGGACCCAAGGCCCGACUCAUGCUACGAUACCCAGACGGACAGAGAGAACAAAUUGCCUUGUCUGCUAAGGCUAAACUCAUGGCUCUGGUGAGACACGUUCAGUCUAAGGGUUACCCCAACGAACGCUUUGAACUCGUCACCAACUUCCCUCGACGGAAACUCGCUCACUUGGACUAUGACAUCACACUGCAGGAAGCAGGACUGUGUCCACAAGAGACUGUCUUUGUGCAAGAAAGAAAUUAGCCCCUCCCUUUCUGUGUAAACCACACCCCUUUUCAAAGUCCUGUCACUCGUGACCCAGAAGGAUUGAGUCGGCUCCAACUUGCCCCCAGCUCCAUGCCCGCCCCCCCAGCUUUUACCUUUUUUUGUCAUCUGUGAACGAGCUCUGAUCAGAGACCUUCAUGGACCACAGUUUUUAAUUAGCCAAUGUCCUGUAUUUGUUGGCAUAAUUAAUGGUAAAGAGCUCCGCAAAUCUCAAUUCUAAUUGGAAUAAAAACCAAAAAAAAAACCAAAACACUCGAAUCACAUAGGAUGAUCCAUAAAGAGACGAAUACAUUGAAUCCAGGUUUUUAAAAAAUGCCCUAAUCUACAAAAAAUUUGUCUUUCAAAGUACAAACCCAAUUGCUUCACAAGAGGCAAGAUGACUUUUUAAAACUGCCAUUUGUCUAAUAAAAGAAGAACAUUCUCUCCCAAUGUCUUAUACAGUCAUCACCACCACAAGCACCAUCACCCCCCACCCCCCACAACUCACCCACCCGUCCCCCAUUGGAGGGAUGGACCGGACAGACUCUUCAAGCAUUCUACAGUCCUGUCAACAAGGUUACUACCUCAGUGACACAAGAACCUGGGGUUAUCUAGGACAUGGGCCUGAGGGCUGGAAUAAAACCAGUGGUGUCCAAGAGUUAUUAAGAGGUUAUUCCUCAGUUAUCAGACCUGCAUUGUACAGGGAUUGUGUAGAGAGUGACAUUUAGUCAUAGUGAGAUUCUGUUUAUCGUUCUUUUUUUAU